AUGAAUACUGGAGUUCGAUUUAUAUCAGAAGAUCGAAAUUAGGAUCUAGUAUAUUGUUUUCCUUUAGAGGGCGAAAAGAAUCCAUUUAAAAAGAAUAAGUAUGUAUCAUUUAUUUUUAGGACAUCUGCACAGUAGGCUUCUGUAGAUUAGAAAAUUAGUUACUCUCUUAUAAAAACUUAUUUCAUCUUAAAAGUGAUGGGACUCAUGACUUUGUUAUUCGGAAUAAUUUAUUUGAUACUUAUGUUUCAGGGGCAGAACUCAAUUUUAUAAAAAUAAUUAUUUAAUGCUUAAACUCAAAAAAUCACCCGUGGGUCUUUUUUUUUUGGGUUUAUUUUAGUAAUGGAUCUAAUUGCAAUACUCAUUUAUCAAAUAAAUUUUAAGGAAGUAACCGCUAAUAAUAUAGAGGCUCGAAACCCUAAUAAAAUAAGUUGGAUAUUAUUUGCUUUAUUUUCUUUUUCAUUUAUUUUAUCUGGUGCUACUUUGGGCUAUUAUUUUUUAAUAAGGUUUGAUAAUGGAAGUAAUAUUAAAUUUAAACGUAAACCUAGCUUCGUUAGUCAUCAGCAGUAUUUUUUACUUAUUUAUGGCAAAUUUAUUGUUAGUGAUUUAUCUAUGGUACAAGAAACAAGAGUAUUCAUUUAAAAGUAAAUAAAUUAUGGUCAUUCUAGAUUAUAUGAUAUUCAUAGCGUUUUUAAGUUGCAUUUUUUGGUUUUUCUUAAUGAUCUAUUUUAUAGAUAUUUGGGGGAAAUUUUUAUUUUGUGGAAUGUUAGUUAUGAUAUUUGAACUGCUGAUUGUCAGUUCAGCACAUUUGAUUAUUUCAGCCUUUGUAUCUUCUAUUAUAAAUUAGAUUAGUCAUUCAAUUUAACCGAAAAAGAUUAUGCAAUAACAGUGCCAUUAAUUUAUUGUGUUUCUUUCCUGCUCAUAUUGGGUUUCAUAUUCGUAAUUAUUAUGUUUGUAGGAAAAAACUCUGAGGAGGGAGAUGAUGAUUGA